AUAUUAAGCUUGGCUGGUUUUAAGUGUGUGGGAGAAAAGGAGAGAAGCCGAACUACAAGCUACAAGUAUAUAUUAUACACAAAGAGAAUACGCUACAGUUUAACUGGUGAAAGAUCUUGGUCGGCAUCGGGGUUGGCGCAGGCGAAAUACCACUCUCUCGACACCGGUAGAAUUAACGAGAAAAAAAAAGUCAUUGGAGUAAAAAAAUAUAUUUAAUAAGACAGAGUAGAGAGAGAUAAAUAACUGCUGAAACUAGUCUCUUGUUGUGUGUAUGAGUGUGUCGGUACACGGUGCGUCUGUAGCGAAAAUAAAAAGAAAAAAAAAACUACGAGUACGAACACGGACAGCUACGAAAGAAAGGAGCAUAUAAAAAAAAAAGAGUAACUCGAAAUCAGAAGGCAUAAGAAAGUAUAUAAAGCUAUGGCGGCUGUUGACUGUUAUCAAAAUCAAGUUGAGAAUUCUUCGGCAAAUCACACUGAUAACGAUUAUAACACACAGGACAAUCAAAAUCAGCAACAGAGAUCCGGAACUAUGCAACGAAGCGGUAGUAAUAAUGGUGGACAGUCAAUGGAUUCUAAAAAUCAGCAACAAGCCACUGCUGGUAUACCUGGUAUGGACGAUGAGCGUAAAUUAUUUAUUGGUGGUCUGUCUCGGCACACUACUGAUAAAGAAUUACGUGAGCAUUUUGGUAAAUUUGGAGAAAUAGAAAGUAUAACUGUUAAAAUGGAUCAACAUACCGGCAUUUCACGUGGUUUUGCUUUUAUGGUUUUUACUAACCCUAAAACUAUUGAUAAAUUGUUGGCUUCUGGUGAGCAUUACAUCAAUAAACGUAAGGUGGACCCCAAACGUGUGAGCAAAAAAGCACAGCACGGAAAAGUAUUUGUUGGAGGACUGACACCAGACAUGACCGAUGACGACAUAAAAGCGUACUUCAGUCAAUUUGGGACGGUAGUUGAGUUACAAGCACCCUUUGACAAGACAAAGAACCAGCGCAAGGGCUUCUGUUUCAUCACCUUCGACUCCAAGGACGUCGUCUACAAGCUGCUGAAAGCGCCCAAGCAGACGAUAAACGGUAAGGAGGUUGAUGUUAAAAAAGUUAAAGUAAACCCGGAGGUCAAUCGCCAAGGAUUCUGGAACUUCGGGUACGGGUACGGCUACGGAGGUGGCUACAAUUACAUGCCCGAGUACACCAACGGGUAUCACGGAGGUUACGACGAAAAUUACAGCAAUUACGACUCUUACCCGGGGUACGAAAGCUUCGACAACCACGCGAGUUAUACCGCAGCUGUCAACAAGCCACGAGGCAACGCCCAGGGUCCUAGACAGUUCCAGAGACAUCAGCCUUACUAAUUACUCGAUAUUUUUUAUUAUUAAUCAUUAAAGAUUUAAUUAUAAUCACCAGUUGGAUUUAUGUUCAUGAUGACUCACAGAGUGCAAUCAUCUAUCAAUGACUUUGGGAAAUUUUUUCAUCAUCUCAAAUGUUGCUAUCUAAACAUUUUCUACUAUUCAAGUUUAAUUGAUCACCUGGCAGGUAUGUCAUCCAGGUUUUAAUUAAUCUAAUGGUUAAUAAGUUAACCAAUUUUUUUUUUUUUUCGAAUUAUGGUAGAUAUAUUAUUCAAUUAAUUAGGCUCUAAAUAUAUGAUAUUAAUAUGUGGAGUCUGUGUGUGUAACACUUUUUACUCAUU